UAUCGUCAUGCCCGUCUUGAGUGAUUUGGGUAUGAAUACAACUUGAAACAGAAUAGGAUCUAGCUCGUCUAUCCAUCUACUCCGAUGUGAAAAUUCCAUCGGAUCUGGAGUCUUGACAAUACAUGCACCCAACCCUUUGCGGAACUGUUGUCUUUCGCCUUUCGUAGGGCCUAAUCUAUCCCUAUAACCAAGAUGGCCCUCUUACAAACAUCCCUUAUAUGGGCAGUAUACGCUAUUGUGGUAGCUGUUCUGGUAAUGGUAGCGUCGGUGUUCAUCUAUACAUAUCAAACGCCUCGGGAUCGCUCUUCAGUUGUGACGUUCACGUGUAUUGUCGCGAUUACAAGCUUACUUGCCACUGUUCUCUUGUUGCCCGUGGAUGUUGCUUUAAUAUCCUCUACCACAUCCUCGAAGCUUGGUCAAAGAAAACCUUGGGCCACUCAGGAUGAAGUAGACAAGAUUGUUUCUCUAUUAACGGCUGUGUACUAUCUCCUCUACUCGCUUGAUGCAUUCCUAUGCCUUCUCGCAAUUCCAUUUGUCUAUUUCUGGUACGAAGAAUACGAUGAAGUGGCUGCCGAAUCCGGUGAGCAAUCUGCUGCCAAACGACUCUGGACCGCGUUUAAGUACACUAUCUCGUUUAUUGCGAUAGUGGUUGUGCUUUUCAUUGUUGGCUUUCUUGUCCCUGUUUCGAAUAUUAAGGACAGCAAUGUUUCAGACUAUCUCAGGAAGCUUCUGGCUGAGAAUCGUGGAGAGAGGGUCAUUACAUUCACCCUUGGGUUAUUGAUAACUCUGGGGCUGUUCCUUUAUGUCUUAUAUACCUCAACGGGCCUUGCCGUUCUUCCCAUGAGGAUGAUACGAGCAGCUCCAUCUGUGUCAGACAUGACCUGGAAAGCGUCGACAGGUGCACAGCUCGAAUCUAAUCGAGAGCGUCAGCGCCAGCUGGAAGGGCGCUGUAGAGGAGAUCCGGGUCUCCUCUCUUCUAAGGAACGUAGAGAGCUCGAUACCCUCGUUCGAGAUGAGAGGACGCUUAUUAGGCGGCAACGUUUGGCAGAAGAGGCUGACGGUGAAGGUCGAGGCCGAUUUAUGAGGGCAUGGCUAAAGGUUACGGCUUUCUUCCGCCCAUUAAAGCUCCUAGGCGGCAUUGCCAUUCUCUUAGUCGCACUCAUGAUAUGGAUAUCGAUGCUCUUGACGGCAAUUGACAAAGCCAAGAAUUCUAUGUGCAAACAACGUUGCGGAUACAUACUCAGUCGCAUUGGGGUUUUCAAUCCCUUGAACUGGGUAUUCGUUCAAUCAGCAAAGGUAUUUCCGAUCGACUACGCCGUCUUUACAGUAGUUGUUUUGUUGCUGUUUGGCAGUUCUGUGGUCGGGAUAUCUACCAUUGGCAUUCGCUUUCUAUGGAUCAGAAUAUUUCGGAUCAGAUUGGGGCACACGUCUCCACAAGCCCUGCUGCUGACCACUGCCAUGCUGAUUUUGACAAUACUAGCUUUGGACUAUUCGAUCCCCAUGCUUGUUGCACCCCAGUACGCAACUUUUGGACCACAAACAUUCUGUGAUCGCCCGCCGGGCCAGCAAUCGGAUUGUUUGACUAACAAACGCCUGAUCAAGCCAUGCUCGGAACUAACAGACAACACGGCUGCCAAGCAAGUCUGCACACCCAGCGUCACUAGUAUGUUCCUCAACCGCGUGACGAUAAGCUAUCCCUUUUUCGGCACAGUAUUUUUCUGGUCUCAAUUUAUCUUUCUCGGUGUCUACUUGCUCGUCUUGGUCACCUCUUUCAUCCGCCAUCCGAAACUUGAUGAACGUCUACUGGACCAGGAAGCUGAGGAGGCUGAGGAGGAACGGCUACUGACAAGCUCUGGGAGAGGUGUUACUGACACCUAUCAUAGUGUCGGAGGACGAAACAACUUCUCAACCAGAGCAGGGGAGUAGGUUAUUUGGACGUAUAUGGCCUUUUCAAGUCGAUAUAGAGGAACGGUGAUAGUCUG